CGCUGUGACGAGGGUCGCCUAGCAACCGCCGCCCGGUCUGGGCAGAGCGGCCAGGCCUGAGGCCCGAGGCGGCAGCAGCAGCAGCGGCAGCAGGAGGCUGUCAGUGUGGACAGCGAGCGGCGCCACCGAGGGGGUGACCCAGCCAGUGCAUCAAUAAAAAAACAACACAAGUCCCUGCAAUCAGUUCCAAUAAACGACAGCAACAUCAGCGGAUGCAAUCAUGCCUCUCCCUGAUGUUAUGUUCUCCGCUCAGCAGAUUGAAAUCCCCCCUGAGUUUCCUGACAUUUUAAAACAGUUUACGAAGGCUGCUAUCCGUACCCAGCCACACGAUGUUCUUCAAUGGUCUGCUGCAUAUUUUGCAGCUUUGUCUAAAGGUGAAACACUUCCGGUGAAAGAACGGUUUGAAAUGCCAGUGGCAACACAGAAAAAUGACACUGGCCUUACACCGGGACUUCUGAAGAUUCUGCACAAUCAGCUAUCUCAAAAGAAUUUUGUUCCAGAGUUCAAGUUGGUAGAAAAAUGGAAAGAUUUGGGUCUGCCAAUGGAGCGGCUGAAAAACAUUCUACGAUUGGGCAAAUUUGAAUUCGAGAUUGAAUGGCUGAAAUUCCUGGCACUUGCUUGCAGUGAUUUGGGUGGGUCGCUCUUCAUUGCCUUGAAAUACGUCUGUGAAAUUCUAACGACUGACCCACCGGGUGGUGCUGCUCACAUUAAAAUUGAAACCUUCACUUACAUUUUCACCUACCUGGCAAAGAUGGAUGGGGAGUUUACAGAAGAAAAAAUUGAAGAAAUACUUAUAACCUUAGAGGAAGAUGUAGAAAAACAAGGUGGAUUGAUACAACCCAGAAAUUUCAAACACUUGCAAGUUAAUCCAAAGAAAAAUGAAAUACCUCAAUAAAACACCUGAAGUGUCUAAAAGUAGAACGUAUCACAGAAAACAAGCAACAUCUUUCUUACAAUCUUUUACGAUAAUUUGAUAAUGCUUAAUAAAAUACAUGUUUUCCAAAGGUGUUUGUUUUUGUACUACUCGCUUAAUAUUGUGGUUUAAAAGUAUUUGUUGGAAAGUAUUUCAGGACAUUCUGAGGAUUUUUUAAAGAAGAUAACAAUGCAAAUAUUUGAUAUUGCCUCCAUUUGAGGGAUUCCAAAACAAAUGACCAUAACUGUAAGAUAGCCACGGG